AUGCACGCCUCUCCCAUCACUCUUCUCGCCCUUUCUGCCAGCCUCGUCUCGGCUGCUAAGCACGUGGUUAAGGUUGGAGAUGGAGGUCUGAAAUUCGAUCCCGCCGAGACCACAGCAAAGACCGGCGACACUGUCGAAUUCCACUUCUACAAGGGAACCCACAACGUCGCCCAGAGCGGCUUCGCCAAGCCUUGCGAGCCCAUCAACAGCACCGCUUUCUUUAGUGGCACCUGGGAUGUCAAGCAGGGCAUGAGUGACAAGGUCUUCACCAUCAACGUCACCUCCGAGGACCCCAUCUGGUACUACUGCGCUGUUCAAGGUCACUGCCAGGGUGGUAUGGUUGGUGCUAUCAACGCUCCCACCAGCGGACAACGAAGCUUCUCCAACUUCGCCAAGGCUGCCGAGGACUCCGACGAUAGCGUUGCUCCCCGAUCUACCGGUGGUGGUGAGAUUGCUACUGCUACCGGCACAUUGGCCGCCUCCGGUACUUCCGAGCCCACUGGCACCAGCACUGAGACCGGUGCUUCUUCAACAGAGUCCGCAGGCGCAAACGCUGGCCUUGAGGCUAGAGGAGAGAUCCGCUGGGGUCUCAUGACUGCCGGUAUGGCCAUGGCUGGUCUCUUCGGUGGCUUGAUGAUGUAG